CAGUGCACGACGUCCCGCACGCACGUUGAAUAUUCAUGUUGAUGGACAUUCGCUGUCGUUUUACUCCUCCCAUAUCCCAACGCAACAGCGGCGCGACGCAGCGCCAUGGAGACUGUCAAAGUACAGAAGGAACUAUGUUUACUGUUAUCCGCUAAAGCGCAACUGCUUCUCGCUUGGCGCCUUCUUUUGAUUGUGUCACUCGCUGUCGCAGACAUGGCAGACACAACAGCCAUGCCCACCAAAGACCGCGCUCUGAAAGGAAGGGAGGAAAAAAUGGUCGUGGCAGAGAAGCAUGCUGUCAAUGGCAACCCCACAGUGGAGCCGUUUCCAGAGGGCAUGGAGACCAUCAUGUUUGGUAUGGGCUGUUUCUGGGGGCCUGAAAAGCGCUUCUGGCAGAAAUCGGGGGUGUUCUCUACCCAUGUGGGCUAUUCAGGGGGACACACACCCAACCCCAACUACCAGGAAGUGUGCUCAGGUUUGACAGGACACGCUGAGGUGGUGAGGGUGGUCUUCUCCCCCGAGGACAUCAGUCUGGAGGAGCUACUCAAGGUGUUCUGGGAGAGCCACGACCCCACUCAAGGGAUGAAGCAGCAGGCAGACUAUGGAACCCAGUACCGUUCAGCCAUUUACACCUCCAGUCCCUCUCAACAGGAGCUGGCUCUCAGCACCAGACAAGCCUACCAAGAGGUGUUAUCUGAGAAGGGCUAUGGAUCCAUCACCACAGAGGUUCUAGAGGGCCAGGAGUUCUUCUACGCGGAAGACUACCACCAGCAGUACCUGAAGAAGGUCCCCAAGGGCUACUGCUGUCUGAAGGGGACCGGGGUGAACUGUCCCAUCGGAGCUGAAGCAGACGAUGACAAAGACGAGCUGUGAAAAGAGAGAGCGAGAGAGAGAGAGAGAGAGAGAGAUAGAGAGAGAGGGUAGAGAGAGAGAGAGAGUGGAUUGAAUACAAGGUGGGUUUUUCCGCAGAUCUGAGUUUGUCGCUAUCCAGGUGGAAAUCAUGCUUUUUAAAUUUCCUGCUUCAUAUAGUCUCUUUAUGGCCAAGUUAGGAGACUUGUUUGGACAAUCUUGACUUUCUAUAAACAAUCAGCAGUAGGUAUGGGUUGAAAAAUGUUUCCACUCCCUAAAGUGUUUCUGAACUCGCUUAGCAUUGUGUUUAUCUGACUAAUUGGCUAAAUAAUUUCAAAAGUAUUUAGCAAUCUGUAUGAACUCUAUUGUAUACAAUGAUAAUUGUAUUUUCUCAUUUAAAUUGAAGUGUUACAGUUCAAUAUAGCCCAUAUCAAGGUUAUUUUAUUAUUAUAUUGGUGCAUGAUGCCAUGAGACCUCUUUGUAUGCGAGGCUGAAGUACUGAUAGAAAUCCACAAGAUGGCAAUAGAUACCAACAAACUUAACCUCUCAACAAAACAGCUUCAGCAUUUCAUUCCAUCCACUCAAUGUGACAUCCUCACCCUUUAGGGCUAUCUUCCAUUAAGAGAGAAAUUAGUACCCUUUCCGUAGAAGGGAUUUGCACGUUGUGGUAGAAUUAUUUUUUACAUGUGUGUUGGAAUCACAUCAGUUUUCUCUCCUUCCAUUGCUCAGAAACAUACACUGAGUAUAUACCAAACAUUAGGAACACAUUUCUGAUAUUUAGUUGCCUUCAGAACAGCCUCACUUAGUCGGGGCAUGGACUCUA